AUGGGAAUGUAUUGCGUGGCGAAUGAGUUGUCUACAUUGAAAAUGGGAAUGUAUUGCGUGGCGAAUGAGUUGUCUACAUUCAAGAACAAGAGUGCAAUGAAGUUACGGGUGAUUCGUACCUAUUUGGUACCAUUAAGGAGAGGUUCAUUGGAAAUAAAAAGUCAGGAAAUUGUGUUUCACGACUCGGAGGGCACCGUAAUUCAUGCACAUGUACCAAAAACUCUGGUAGAAAACACCGUAAUUCAUGCACAUGUACCAAAAACUCUGACAUACAAGACCAGUAUGCAUGAAUAUAUGCUGCAGUUUAAUCAUGAAACUAUUAUGAAAGAAAUUAGGUCGGACAAAUUUCCAUGGCACAUGUACAGACUAAAGCCAUUCAAUAGUUUGAAAGGUAACCCAACUUUAGAUGACAAACAUCUUAUAGAUAUAAUUGGUCGUAUUGUUCAAAUACAUGGACCACAAGAAAAGAUUAUUGGUGGUCAUAAUACAAGGCUGAUAGACUUUGUGUUGGAGGAUGCAUUGUAA